AUGAAGCUCUCUCCAUACCUUGCGGCCGCGGCCAUGAUCGCCGGUGUCAAGGCUUCUCCGCACCCCGCAUAUGAACAGCAGAGCCAACAGUCCCUAGGGACACCCUCGCCAGAUGGGCCCAACUACAGUCAAACCCAGUUGGAUGAUAUUAUCAGCGAGUCUCCAUUGCUGUCAUUGCACCGGGAUCUCGUCUCAAUUGAGUCCUUAUCUGGCAAUGAGCACGAAGUCGGCCUCUUCGUUGCACAGUUCCUAGAAAGUCAAAAUUUCACUGUGAUCAAACAGGAAGUGCCUCCUGUGAAAGGACAGGAAGAUGCUAAGACCCGCUACAACAUCUAUGCUCUUCCCAAGUCCUCUGAGCAGCCCCCUUCCGUGAUCCUCACCAGCCACAUUGACACUGUACCGCCUUUCAUUCCAUACUCAGUCCACCAGCCCCAAGAGUCAACAUUCAAUGCCGAGGACCUAAUUAUCGCAGGACGUGGCUCCGUUGAUGCUAAAGGCAGCGUGGCAGCCCAAAUCUUCGCGACCCUCGAAACCCUCGAAGAAAACCCAGAUGCAGGCCUCGGCCUCCUGUUCGUCGUCGGCGAAGAAAUCGGCGGCGACGGCAUGAAGUUCUUUUCCGACUCAAAGCUCAACGAGAAAGAUGCAUUCAAGACCCUCAUCUUUGGUGAACCCACAGAAGCCGCCCUCGUAUCCGGCCACAAGGGCAUGCUGGGCUUCCAGGUCCUUGCCCACGGCAGCGCCGCCCACUCCGGUUACCCCUGGCUAGGCAAGAGCGCCGUUUCCGCAAUCCUGCCCGCACUCGCGCGCGUCGAUAUCCUCGGCGACAUCCCCGCCGAAGAGGGCGGUCUUCCUGCGUCCCCGAAGUACGGGCCCACAACGCUCAACAUCGGCAAGGUUCGUGCUGGUGUUGCCACGAACGUUGUGCCUUCGGAGGCAAUGGCUGAUGUUGCCGUUCGUCUUGCGGAGGGAACUCCCGAGGAGGCGCGUGAGAUCAUCCGGCGUGCUGUCAAGGAUGCUACGAAGGAUGUAGAGGCUGAGGUGGUGGUGGAUUUCGAGUCGCACCCGGAGUCGUACUCGCCUCAGGACCUCGAUGUUGAUGUUGAAGGCUUCGAUGUCACUACUGUGAACUAUGGUACUGAUGUGCCCAACUUGGCUGUCGCGUCAGGUGUCAAGCGGUACCUUUAUGGCCCUGGUAGUAUCUUUGUCGCUCAUGGCGAUAAUGAGGCUCUGACUGUGCGCCAGAUUAAGGAAGCUGUCGUUGGUUAUAAGAAGCUGAUCCAGGCUGCUCUUGAGUAA